AAAUGAGAAUUGUUUUAUUAGUUCUAUUAAGCAUGGUAGUAUUGAUAUAAGAUAAUAGGCAUUAUGUAAAAUAGGCACAGAUCCAAAGAUUGUGUUAGCAGAAAUUGAUGAUCAUCAUAUGGGUAAAACAUUCUUGAAUGCAAUCCAAAUCAGUUUGGCAACAGGUUCACCUGUACAUGAGAUUUAAAGUUACAUAAACAAUAUUAGGUAUAUAAUAACCUUGAUUGUAGAUUUAUGUUAGAAUAAGAAUAAAAAGAUGCUGAUCUUUAUAUUCAAAGUACAUAAGCAUCAUGCAAUAGAUUAUUACAUGAUUUUUCAACAAAUUUAGCUUAUCAUUAAAGUUAAUUAAAAGCUCAUUCGAAAAUUGUUGAGGUUUAUAAUUGAUUCUUAAUAAAUAGGAAAAUACAAAUAAUCUUUAAAGAUCUCUUAAUAAGAUUGCAGAAGUUUCAGUUGAAAUAGAAGAGAAUACUAAGAAAACAAAUGCAGGAUAGAGUGAAAGAGAUUUAUAAUAUGCAGAAUUUUAAUCUAAAAUAAAAGAUCAUACAGAAGCUAUUGCUGCUAUUGAUGAAGCAUAUGCACUUAUUGAACAUUUAUCUAGUGGUUCAUCAUUUAUUUAAGUUAAAGGAAGAUUCAAUAAAGUCUUAUAGAGAUUAUAAAAGUAUAUCUAUAAUCUUAAAUUAUUAGUUAAUCCACUGGAUUAUUAUUCUAACCUAUACUUACAAUGAUGACAUAAUUAUCAUCCAAAUCUGAUUCAGAUACAGCUAAGAAAGUAUUACAAUUGUUGGCCAAUUUAAGAGUUCAAAUUGUCGAAAGCAAAGGAAAUGAUGAAUCAAUUGAAAAAUAAUAAAGUUUAAAUUGGUAAUAAUUCCUAUCAGACUUAACAAACGAAAAAAACACAUUGUAUAUUCUAUUAUUUAUAUCAAUAAUAGAUCUGACUAAAGAUAGAAUUUAGAAUAAGCUAUUUUAAAUUAUUAGAGUAUAAUUGAAGAAUCAGAAGGCAAGGUUGAGUAUCAUUCUGCUGAAGUUGAAAGAAACUAAGUAAAAAUUAAUUUAAAUUAAUAGAGUAAUUUGGAAGGAUAAGAUUAAUGGUGUAGAUAAUAAUAAGACAUUUAUUAAAUGGAAACAUAAUCAAGAGUUUAGAGCCAAGAUUUAAUUUCAAGAAUAUCAGAUCAUAUUUAAGAUAAGAUAGUUACUCUUAAAGAAUAUCUAAGAGAAAGACUUCAAAAUUGAGUAUCUAAACAUUAAAAAAAUAAAUCCAC